UGCGCGCCGGUGCGUGUCGCGGGAGCGUGACGCGCCGGCCUUGUGGGCGCUGCUGCUGCUCGCACUUCUCGCCUCCUUCCGUGCCGGCGCCUCGCCAUGUUCCGCUGGGCCCGCCUCACUGUGCGGCCCAAUGUGCGGCCGGCGGGCAGGCCCAGCGCCGCGGACCAGCUGCCCCCAGACAGUGAUGACAAGGCUGAUAGCUCAAAUGGCACUGGAGAAGCUAGUAAACCUUCAGAGAUGCCUACGCAGAGAAGAAAACGGAUCUCCACCAUGCCCAAUCUUGUCAGACCCAGAGCUGGGCCUUCUGCUGAGCGUUCUGCAUCAAAACCACAGAGGCGAGGAUCACAGGCUGCUGAUGGCGGUGCUCCACGUCAGAAAGAUUCCCCUCCAUCAGAAAAGAGUAAUGCUGAAAGCUCUCCGAAGUCUCCCAUGCUGCCUGAAAAGAAAACACCUGUGCCACAAGUGCCACAGUUUUCUCCACUAAAAAGAUCGGUGAACAAAGAGCAAACUGUAGGUGUAGCUACGCAAAAGAAUGAUGAUGCCUUGCAGAAGAAUGUACCCUCCCCACUCAAGGAAAGACCAACACAGGAAGGAUCAGAAACACAGGAGGAAAAGCUACCUACGAAGUCUGCUCCCAUAAAAGAGAAACGAAUGUGUUCUGACCGUGAAAGGAUCCUCAAAGCUCGGAAAUUAAGAGAAAUGCUAAGAGAAGAGCUGAAGAAAGAGCGGAUGUUGAAACACAGACCUCCAGUAAUUGAAGGACGGUCUCCACCAGAUCGUUCUAAAAUGACCAUGAGAGACUUGAUAUACUAUCUGCCAGAAAACAAUCCUAUGAAGUCUUCAUUGGUAGAAGAAAAGAGAACAGAGAAAAAUUCUGCCGUGGGUCAAGUGAAAGAACAGGAAGAGAAAAGUACUCCUGAUCAUGAAGAGGAAGAUGAGGAGGAAGAAGAAGAUAAUGGGGAGGAGAGUCAGGAUGGUCCGCUUUUAGUUCCUCGUGUGAAAGUAGCAGAAGAUGGUUCAAUUAUUCUGGACGAAGAAAGUUUAACUGUAGAAGUUCUAAGAACAAAAGGUCCCUGUGUGGUAGAAGAGAAUGAUCCCAUCUUUGAGCGUGGCUCUACAACCACAUAUUCCAGCUUCAGGAAAAGUUUUUAUACAAAACCAUGGUCAAAUAAAGAAACAGACAUGUUCUUCUUAGCUAUCAGUAUGGUAGGAACAGACUUCUCCUUGAUUGGACGCCUGUUUCCUCAUAGAGCCAGAGCAGAAAUUAAGAACAAGUUCAAACGUGAGGAAAAAGCUAAUGGAUGGAGGAUAGACAAAGCUUUCAAAGAAAAGCGACCCUUUGAUUUUGAGUUCUUUGCCCAGCUGCUUGAGAAGGUCUUAGCAGAUGAGGAAAAGAGGAAGCAAAAGACUGCUAAAAGCCAGAAGCCAAGGGAAAAGAAGCCAUCAAGGCCUUGCAACAAACCAAAAGCAAAAGCUGCCAGCACAAAAGCUGUUAAUGAUCAAGAUGAUCUUCAGGAAACUGGAAUUUCUGAUGCAGAAACAGAAGCAGAUGCUGUGAUGGCUGAGAAAGAAAAUGAGGGAUCUUUGGACGUUUCUGAACAGGCAGAAGAACAGGUUGCAUUGGAGCCAGUGUUAGCAAAAAAGAAGAGAAAAAAGAAGAGAAAAGGUGAUCCUGAAGAGGAAAAUCUUCCGGAAGAAAUGGCUGCCCCUUCAAAAAUUGCAGACAGUGGGAAAUCCUCUAAGAAAACCCAAAAGAAAGUGGUCUGUGAUGCAAACGAUGAUAACACUACCUGUACAGAAGAGCUGGAUAAUGUUAUUGAAGGAAAAGAAGAUGAGACUCCUGUUACAGUGGAAGAGAGUUCAGAGUCCUGUUUGCCAGUGGAUUACAUACCGGAGAGGGAAAGCGGUGACAAUUUACGCAGCUUAGAAGAUAGCAAUGAUGUUCUACUAGAAAUGGAAUCUCCUGAACUGAGAACCCUAGUUAGUAGAGAUGAUACAUCACAGGAAAGCCAAAUUUCAGAAUUACUGGCUUCAAAGAUUGGAAGCCAAGAAGGAGAAUCUGAAGAGACCAGGGAAACAAAGAACAAAGACAUACAUGACUUACGUAAACAAGAUGAAAAUCGGAGUGCAUCAGAAAGUGUUUCUCAGUCUGAAAUCAUGAAAACUGAAAAGCCAGCAGGCAGAGGGCGCUUGCAAAGGCUUAAACCUGGUUUAGUGAGAUCAUCUGGAAGAAGAGAAGCAGCAACUCAAGAGACAACAGAGGCCGAAACUUCCUCUCCAGACUUUGUGAAUACACAUGAAAAGUGCUCUGAGCAAGACAGUAGAAGAAACAGCAAUGGAGCCACGGAAGUAGACAACAUGGAUUUGGAUACUAAAUCUGAAGAACCUGAAAGAAAUUUGAUUGCAAAGCCAGUAGUGAGAGGAUGUCGACAGAGAUUUAAGCCUAAUGUUACAAAAGCAUCUGGAAGGAAAGAAAAGCCUGAAAAAGAUGGAGGAAAUGAUAAAAUGCCCCAUCCACAGCCUAAGGGGGAGACUGGAAAGAAUACUGACCAAAAUAAUAUGUCAGAUGCUAUCAGUGAAGAAGGUGCAAAAGAAGAUGAUAAAGUUCUAGAGGCAGUGUCUCAGUCUAGCGGAACAGCUGAUUUACAAGAAGACAGAAAACUGAGUGUGCUGAAACCAGCACCUCUGAAGAGAGGCAGAGUGCAGAGACCAAAACCAAAUCUAGGAAGAACUGUUACAAGGCAAAAAGACCUGACAGAUGAAAAAGAUCCUGAAGAGGAGAAAGCUGAAGGUGCAGAAGUAGAAAAAGAUCUGAUACACCAUAGGGAUGAAAACAAUGAUCCAUGCCUCAAAAAUGAUGUGAUGGUUCCUGAAGGCAUUCAGCCUUGCAAUGUGAUGUUAGAAGGGGAUGUUUCUACAGAUUCUGAGAUGAACUCAAUACAUACAAGGCAGCGUCCCCAAGAAAAGUCCUCAGAAGCAGAAAGCUGUGAUAGUGAAAACGGAUUGUCAGAUGUCUCAAAACAAGUUUCAGAUUUCAAUACAGGGCAGUCUGGUCCUCAGAAGGAAGAAGGAAAAACUGUUGUAUCAUCAGCUCGGCUGCUGAGGAGUCGAUUCCAAAGACCAAAGCCAAAUUUAAGAGCAACAAAUAGUAGAAAGGAAGUGCUGGAUGUAAAUUAUAAAGGUGUAUCACAGAAAGAUACCAGCAAGGAAGAAAGUUUGACACAGUGUGACAGUAUCCUUCCUGAUACAGAUAAAGCAGGGAAAUAUGAAGUUCUGCAACAAUUGGAAUCUGAAGUUGAACAAGGACACACCUCAGCUACUAAUGCAGGCAUCGAUAGCAAAAAUACCACUGAAGAAGAAAGUAAACAAACACCUCUUCAACCUGUCCAGUUAGGGCGGAGCAGAUUCCAGAAGUACAAGCCAAACUUGGGAAGAGCUGUUGGAAAGAAGGACUUACAAAUAUCAAAAAAUGAGAGGGAGAAAAAGCCUGAAGCAGAGCAGUUGAUAUUGCAAAAUGAUGAGACUGUCGAUACUGAUAUUAGUGAAAAGGAACCUGUAUUGUGUCAAGCAGAUGUAUUGAGCAAAGAGCGAAAGGAACAGCAAGAGGAACCUCAGGGACCCUGUAUUUCUGGAAACAUAUUGUGUGAACAAAGCAGUGCUGAAAACCCCACUUCCCAAGAAGGAGCUCUGAAACCAGGACAAUUUGUAAGAAAUGGAUCUCCGAGAACUAGACUGAACCUUAAAAGAGCAUAUAGCGAAACAGUAUCUCCUGUGACACAAGAACUUGCGGCUCCAGCUGAGGAAGAAGCAAAUAAAGGAGAGAAUCUGCCUGUGGCAGAAGAAUCUGAGGAACUUCUUUCCUCAAAAGAUGACGUGGAGAUACUAUUUUCUGGGGGGAAUUUGGCCAAGAAUGACAAUGUAGACGUAAAUCCAAAAUGUAUGAAGUCAGAAACACUCUGUUCCUCUAAAAAAUCACCUAACUGCCAUAGCAAGGGAAAACAAGAACAUCUGUCUACAGAUGCUGUAGGAAGCAUCCAGGAUACCACGGAAAGGUCCAAUGAUAAAUUAAGUUCUGGGGAAGAAAGUAAACAGUGUGAUACAAAACCUUUGCAUGAAGUGAGGGGAACCCACCGGAGCCCAAGGCCAAACCUAAUGAGAGUUACUAGAAAAAAGCAGUAUCCUGAAGAAGGUGAAAACAGAGAAGAGGACCAUGCCAAGAGCAGAAAUGCAGAAGAGUGUUUGGUGUUAGAAAAAACAGGUGUAUCAAUGCAGGAAUCUGUUAACAUAGAGGAGGUUGCAUCCCUCUCAGAGGCUACAAGAAAACACAAUUUUACAGACUCUGUUGAAGAAACAUCUUGUAAAAGAGUCAGGCAGGAUAAUAGGCUCCAAUCUUCAGAGAUACCAUCAGAGAAUGAGAGUCAAAUAGAACAAGAUGAUGAUUCUCAGCUUUCUACAUCUCAAGAAAAAAAUUCAGACAAUCUCACAAGAAGGCAGUCCAGAAGGUCAUCAAAACAGUUAGUGCUACCAAAACAUGUCUCGGGUCUAAGAACUGCUGCUUCUUCUGCCUCUGAGUGUGCGGCUGAUGGCAGUGAGAGAGAGAAUGAAAGGCAAGAAGUCAAACUGAAUGUUACUAGAGGCACAAGUCUGAAAACUACACAUAUGAAGAAAUCUGGGAAGGAGCACAGAAGUUCAGAGAUAACCGUGGUAGUGCCCCAGGCUUCUCAAGAGGAAGAGGGGGAGGAGGAGGAAGCAGAUGACUUUGAGCCUGAUAAUGAAAAUGAAUGCUUUGCACCAGAGGAAGUAAAUGAAGGUCUAGCAUUUGUUCCUAUAGGUCUUCAAUCUCCAAAACCUAUUCCUGUUCGGACAGAAGAAACCAUGGAUGAGCUGGAAGUAUUUGUGACUAUACCGGAUAUGCAGGUGGCUACUGAUGUUGGAUGUCUCCCUUGCACAUCUGUCCAGCCAGUGGUAGAGAGGGAGGAAAAAGUGAGCACUUCAACAGCUGAAGCAAUCGAACAUGAAAAUCCAGAGGUGAACAAAGGAAUUAAUGAUGGAAGCACAGAAGCUGCCAUGACUUUACUUGCAAUGGGUGAUCCAAUGUUCCAGUUAAAAACAAGCACUGAAGACACUUCUACCAAGGAAUCGGUCCCUUCUGAGGAUGGAAACCACAUUAACGUAGAGGAUCAAAGCACUGGCACAAGAAUAGAUAUUGAAGAAUAUUUUGAAGAAAAUACUACAGAUACCAGUGAUAGCUUUUUGCCUACAGUUGAUCAUGUGAGACUGACAAGAGACAGACUCCUGAAGACUGAGACAGACUUUGGAGUAUUGGGGUCCAAUGAAGACAUAAUUCAGAAGCCACUUAAUACAUAUGUACUUGUGGAACAACUAGAGCAAGUUCAUAGUGAAUCUGCCAACAUGAGGGGUAAUGCAGAAAUGCAGAAGGUGGAACUAGAACCAGCUGCAGGUGAUUCUUCAGUUCUGCAUGAUUUUGCAACUAGAAGUAUCGAACUUGCCAAGCAAGCAGACAAAAUGAAGAGAACAGAAAAAGAUACGAGAGAUGCUUCUGGAAAUGCUGGAGAUAUAAGACCUGUAACUGUAUCACCAAAACCUGAUAAAUCUUGCAUUGAACUAGAGGAUUAUCUAAAUCAGAGUUCUGUGGAUGGACUUCCUGAGCAAAAUCCUUGUGCUCCAGAGCACAAUAUAUGCACAAUCAACUUUACUCAGGAGGAAGGUUGUGCUCAGGAUUCUCAACAACAGUGUGUAAGCAGCACAGAAGAGCUUUCAGUAAUGAACAACUAUCAUGGAUGCCCAGAGGAGGAACAGACAUUCAUUUUAACAUUGGUAGAAAUUCCAACUGAAUCAAAAGAGUUUGAUCCAUCUGCUUUGCUGGAAGAAAUCUCAGAACCAUUACUACCAGCCCCAAUACUCAUCAGUCCAUUAAAUGGAAGUGAAACAACUGUAACUGAAGUGGAGAGCAUUGGAUCCUUCACAACUGCAGCUGAUGAAUUUUCAGCAUCUUUAAACUGUAGUAUGGAAAUGAAACAACUACAGAGUGUAUCAGUAGAGCCCAUUCUAGAUUUGCAGACAGCUCAAAAAAGGCCAGCUGCUAAGCUUGAAAAGAAUGAUUUUCCUCCUGCUAAGAAAACAAUGUCUACUGUUGUACUGGAAGGUGACUUGGAACCCAGUUAUCAGGGUUAUUCAAUUAAAUCCACAAACGCUCCAAUGAUAGCUUUUGGGAAUCCUUUUGAAAACACAGAGGCUUCAGCAAAGGAAGAUGUACUUACCUCUGUGUUGAUUCCUGAGUCGGUGUCACCACCGGCUCAGAAAAGCCAGCUUGAGACUUCAGAAAACUCAGGGGAAGCACCAACUGAGAAUUCAGCAUCUAAGCAAGAAGAGGAGAUAAUAUCUAGAUUAACUCCUAACAGAAAAGCAGAAAUAAGUGGACAAGGAAAGCAAGGGGACGUUCAUGAAUCUGGACAGUUGGAACACACUGGAAGCCUAGCAUCUUCUUCAAAAACUCCAUUACUCAGGAGUGGACGAAAACCACUGGGAUUUUUGUCUUUAAUUUGCAAAAAAAAUAGUUCUGAAUCUGCAGAAGAUACCAGAGGGAACAGAGGAAAGAUCCAGAAACCUCGGAUUGUGGCUCCAAAGCGAAUUGUGAAAAAAAGCACCCCAUCCACUAAGGAUGAUAGGGAAUCUUGUUCCCCUCCCUCUACAAGCACAUCAUCAUCUGCGAAAUAUGAGAAUACAGUUGCUCAUGCUGCAGUUAGGGUUCCGAGUAAUGAGCCAUCUAAGAAGCCACCCCCUUGUGCUAAAGAUCAAGAAAAGGAUGAAGAGCCAACCAGAGUCUCUGAGUAUUUUUUCAGUGACAUCUUUAUGGAAGUGGAUGAUCCAGAAUAGCAAAUUU